CCGAGCGGAGCCGAGCGGAGCCGAGCGGAGCCGAGCGGAGCCGAGCGGAGCCGAGCGGAGCCGAGCGGAGCCGAGCCGCGUCUUGCCUUGCUGUGCCGGUCCCGGACGGCGGGGCAGGUUCUCUCUGUCCCACACCACACAAUUCACUCCCCUGUGAAUAUCUGCAGUGGUGGGCCGCAGACCUACUCGUUUGUGCCACACCUGACCAGUCACUCCACAGCGUGCUGUACUGUAACUUCUUACCUGAAGAAAUCAGCACCGAUUAGGAAAUGGCCAAAGUCGAAAGGUUUGCUUUUCAUGUCCCAAGUCUGGAGGAGCUUGCUGGGGUUUUGCAGAAAGGGCUUAAAGAGAACUUUGCUGAUGCUCAAGUCUCUGUUGUAGACUGUCCUGAUCUGACUCAGGAACCCUUCAACUUUCCUGCUAAAGGAAUCUGCGGAAAGCCUAGGAUAGCAGAUGUGGGAGGUGUUCCUUACCUCAUACCUGUUGUACAGAAAGAAAAAGUUUAUGAUCUAAAUACAGUUGCAAAGGACAUAGAGCUGCCUGGAGCUUUCAUUCUUGGAGCUGGAGCUGUUUCAUCCAAGGUUCUUGGAAUAAAUGCUGAGCUUAUCCCUAUUGUUCAAGCAAAGAGUGAAAAAAAGCCUGCUGUAAAUGGGAGCUACGUUGCUCAGAUAAAUCCUGCAGACAAAGGGUGCCUGCUUGAGAAGUACAGCAGUAAAUACACUGACUGUGAGUUUGGACUGUUGGCCAACCUUUAUGCCAGCGAGGGCCAACCUGGUAAGGUCAUUGAAGUGAAAGCCAAUGGAAGAACCGGGGAGCUUAACUUUGUGUCCUGUCUGAGACAAACUUUAGAGAAACACUAUGGAGAAAAGCCAGUUGGGAUGGGUGGUACGUUUAUCAUUCAGAAGGGGAAAGCAAAGAUUCACAUUAUGCCUCCAGAAUUUUCUUCCUGUCCGCUGAACACUGAUGAGGAUGUGAAUAACUGGCUCAAAUUCUUUGAAAUGAAGGCUCCACUGAUUUGUCAGCCAGUAAUAGUUUCCAGAGAUCCAGGCUUCGAUCUGCGCGUGGAGCACACGCACUGCUUCAGCCACCACGGGGAAGGAGGGCACUACCACCAGGACACCAGCCCGGACAGCGUGCAGUACCUGGGCUACUUCCAGCCCGCCGAGCUGCUCUUCCGCAUCGAUAGGCCCCAGGAGACGCACCUCGUCGGGAGAGACUGAGCCCCGCGGGCCGAGUUCAUCUUCCUCAAGUACAAAUGCUGAUUUUUUUAAUGCUUUUAAUUAUGCACACUUACGAGAUUUAAGAAUAAAUAUGAGAACAGCAA